GAAGGGGCGUGGCCCGGCGCGGUGGGCGGGGCCUCAUUCCCGCUCCGGUCGCCCGUGGAGACCCCGGGAGCGGCGCUCGGAUCAUUACACUGAUAAAAUCAAGGCAAGCUGGACAGGGAGCAAGGCUGCCUAUGUAGUGUGCAGCGGCCAGCUCUGUGUAAAAGCAGCUCAGGGUGCUUUGCUGCCUUCUGGAAUAACAACCCCCUGUCUUUCCAAGCAGAACUUCCCUGCUGCACUGAAGAUGUCUGGCAAAACAGGCACCACGACCAACAACAUCGCCCAGGCGCGCAGGACGGUGCAGCAGCUCAGGAUAGAGGCCUCCAUCGAGAGGAUAAAGGUGUCCAAAGCCUCAGCAGACCUGAUGCUGUACUGUGAGGAGCACGCCAAGAAGGAUCCCUUGCUGAUGGGAAUCCCAGCUUCUGAGAACCCCUUCAAGGACAAGAAAACCUGCAUUUUGUUAUAGGAGAGGGGCAUUUUGUUCUAGGAGAGGGGCAGCUCCUCCUGCCAAGCACCACCACUCCCCCAGGUACCUGCACCCCUGGCUGCUCCCUGGCCCUUCCCUGAGCUUCCCAAGGCAUUCCUGCUGCUCCCUCCUCUGUUAGGAAUUUUUCUGACUGAAUCCCUGUCUCUCCUGGCCAAGGGAAUGGGCUCCAGGGUCUCUGCAGGGGGGUCCUGGUGGCAUUUGCCAACUCCAACACGACCAAAGUUGCCUGAGCUUUGCAGGAAAAGCAAAGCUGUAGAGAUCUGAUGGAAUCACUGGGUUUACACUUUUUUAAAAUUAUGGAUUUUUUUUUUUUUUUGGGGGGGUGGGUGGGGGGGUUGUGCCUGUGCUGGCAGCACCUGUUGGUGCACAGGCACACUCAAAGUGCAUUUUCUAGCAAAAACUACCUUGCAAAAUGAUUGUAGCAGCUGCUGGGGAGCUCCAGGGAGCUGUGCCUCAGCCUUCCUCCCUCUGGCCUCUCUUCAGGGCUUUGAAAGGACAGAGUUGGGAAUCAGAGAUGCUUUCCCUGCUUCCCAAGAGUUGAAAAAGCAGAAUUUCCAGCUUGGAUUCUGCUGCAUUUUCUUCUGUGUUAGUAUAAAACACACCCUUGAAGAAAUGGAUAAAAAAUGGGAGGCUGGAAGAGGAAUGCUGCCCUCACUCCUAAUCCCAGCUGGGUUCUGUGCAGGGAGUCAGAACCUCACUCAUUUUUAUAAAAAAAUUCAUUUUUAAACAGGAAAAAUGCCAAAUUAUCUCCAGCUUGUGGUUAUGCAUUUAUAAUUGGAGGGCCUUUCCAUCUAGUAUAUAUUUUAUAUAUACACAUAAUAAUAAAAAAAAAGUCUUUCUCUGUGUGUGUGUGUAGAUAAAUAAACUUUGUAUAUUAACAGCAAAUUUUGGAGGGUUCAGAAAUAGUCCUGACUUCAGCUGGCUGCAAAUGUCCCUCUGUGAUCUGCCACAGCCCUGCAGUGCUGGCAGGAUAUUUGCAGAAUUUAUGAACCACUUGUCUUUUAUGUUGCAUAUUUGUCAUUUCUGACUGAAAUUAUAGACCCACUUUUGAUACAGAUUUAAAAAAAAAUCCAACUUGGUUUAACAAAUCUCUUGGGCAGAGCUCCAAAAAUCAUCCUGACAGAGAAACCUGCUGCUUGUCCUGUGCUUGCCUGCAAAUUAUUUUUGUAAUCAGAGUAUUUUUCUAGUGGCAGUGGAAGAAACCCCAACAAUGUGGCUCUGCAUUAAUUCCUUU